GGUCGCUACGGAGGGAGGGAUGGGUCCGCUGUAGGUGAAGAAAGACACUUCUGAGCACUUUCCCACGCAGUUAGGACAACUUUCUGUCAUGGCACUCUGUGGGAAACGUUUCUCGGUCGUUCUGACAGCGGCUCUAGCAGGUUUUAACGUUUUUACAUCCAUGUUUUGGUGCUACUAGGGCAUUAAUCUUUCUUGGCAUGACAGAUAAAGAUUAGUUAGCAUGCUAGCGAGCUAGCCGCACACCCUCAGUCAGCAUCACACAGCGACCACACCUGCCGCUGAAAGUGUGGCUGCAGGUCUCUAGCAGACAUGGGCAAACUACAGAGCAAGUUUCGUAAGAGGUCUGACCUCUACAGGGCAUCUCAGGGAGAGAAGGCGGAUAAUGCCUUUGACAGCCAGGUGGUGCAGUAUGAACCUGCCCAUCAAGGGUCCACCAACACUGUCACCAAUCUCAGCCCAGAUCUGUGUGUUUCUGGUGGGAGUGACCAGGCUGUGGUGGUAUACGACUGGAAACAAGGCCGCAUGUGUCAGUCCUUCCAGGGUCACAACCGAGAGGUUACCAAGGUGGUGUGUUAUCCAGGCAGCACAUGGAUAUUCAGUGCCUCACGGGACAAGACUGUUCUGAUGUGGGACCUGAACCAAGGGGACGAACCUAUUCAGGAAUAUUGUGGGCAUGAGUUGGUGGUCAAUGGACUAGCUAUCAGCCCUGAGGGGAGAAAGCUCUGCACCGGCUCUCGUGACAACUGGAUGUGCCUGUGGGAUAUAGAAUCUGCAAAAUGUGAACAGAGACACAACAUUUCUAGAAACCUGGUGACUCAUGUGUGUUGGGUGCCAGGCAGCUCCUCUAUAGUCCAGACCUCUGAGGAUAAGACCAUAAGGGUGUGGGACAGCCGUGCAUGGCAGGUGACCAACACUUUUCCAGCCAAGCAGUACAUCCAGACCCACUGUGACGUUUCUGCAAAUGGACACUACUUGGUGUCCAGCAGCAACGGCUUUGGAGGACAGGGCUGUGAAGCCACGCUCUGGGACCUGCGUCAGCCUGGCUGUAAAGUUGUGGAGUACAGAGGUCAUCUCCAGACCACCGCCUGCUGUAUGUUUCUGCCUACGCCUCCUGGUGGCGCAGCCCAGGUAGCAACGUCCUCCCAUGACAGCUCCGUCAAAAUCUGGGAUCAGAACACAGCAGCCUGUUUAGCCACGUUGUCUCUGGAUGGUGCUGGUCCGCUGAUUUGUCUGGCACCCACUGACUCGACCAACAUGCUGUGUGCCAGCUUUAACAACGGCCUCCAUCACAUCCAGCUGGGCCACGGAUCAAACCAGGCUCAGGUCUCCGGAGCAGGUUCAGGUGGAGCUGGUGGUCUGGACAUAAAAGUCGUGGCGCGCUUCUGACAGCCCAGAGGAGCCUGGUGUGACUUGUAACCCUGACCCGUGAACAGACAGUGACUCAGCGCAGUGUGACUCACUGGAUAUGGACGUCAUGACAGUUCUUUUUCUUUUGUCUUUACUUUUUUUUCUACAAUUUUACACAUCUAUAGACAUUUUUGCUUUACUAGACUGCCAUACAAUGAAGAAUGACAGAUGAGAGCAGCGAGAGCACAUGUACAGAGGAUGCACCUUUUGUCCAGCAAAGCCACCUGGAUGCCCAUCGUAGCUGCUCCUCUGGGAGACUGGUCUGUAAGUCACAUUACCUAUUCAUUAAUGAGACUAUAAAUAUCAAAAUGAUCCUGCUGCCUUCUUGGAUCAAAUCAGAGUAACUGGGGAUUACCCUCAGAUUUUUUACAAUGCUCCAGCUAGGUGGAUUGGACGAGAAGUUUUGUGCACAUGUUGCUUUUAUCGUUGCUGAUGAAUACAUGUUUGAAGGACAUCAUGCAGCCGGAGAGAUGUUGAGAAUGUGGGAGCGCUCAUAGAGCAGGAAAAAACAGCUAUUUGGUCAAGUGUUGGUUCUCUUAACUCUGACAGAGAGGUGGAAGCCAAAUAGUUUUUCAUACUAAGAGUAUGUCAUUGGUUUUUCCUGGAUAAACUGUAGUAGGUGCAGUCAGACCUGCAGAUCUUAUUUGUCAAACACUUAAAGUUUUUAUCACUGUAACAGAGUAAUACAGAACAUGUGUAUGUUGAUAAAUAUCUGUUGAUUAGCUCAUAGCUUUAACCUGACAAGUGUUAGACCAAAUGAAUAUGACACAAGACUGUAUGAACGUUAGCUUUGUUUUUAUGUAGAUAUCAAUUCAUGAUGAUUUUUAAAGAUACAGAUUCUGAUAUUUUUUAACUGAAGCUGCCGAUAGCUGAUGUCUGGUGCAGAUAUCCAGUAUUUUUAAAUCUGAGAAUUACUAUGCAAAAUACAGAGUAAUUCCCUUUUUAACAAAAUAUUGUUUUAAUAAACAGAUGGGAAUAAAAAGAUGUUGCAAGUACAAAAACAAAGCUGCUCUGUGACCUGUCAACAUGAAACCUACUACCAGUUUGUUAUGAUAAUGUUUGGUCAACAUUGGUUGGGGUAUUAUAUAUUUUUUAAUAUGAUGUUGCUACUGUGCUGAUACCAACAGCUUUUGAAUUACUCUGUUAGGAUGAGCAAUCCAGACUUGGCUGUAGUUUACCCAACAAAUACUAAUAUUAAUAUUAGCAGCCUUAAAAGUGCAGUCAGAUAUUGACCUUUUGCACGGCCCCUCCCCUUUGUGAGGGUCCAUCAAGCUGUCAGAGUAAGCAUGGAGCCCACACUGUAACUAACUGCACUCCCUGAAGAAACAUUAUAAAAAUUUUUGGAAAAUGAAACAGUGAUUCCAGAGAGAGGCAGACAGAGGGGUCUACAGUCUGUGUUUGAAGGAUAUAUCCAGGAUGUCAAACUGACUCAGCAGCAACGACAGGUUAAAAAGACAAAGAUAGUUAGAAGCUAAAGCUGAACUAUAGGCUACAGAUCACAGUGUGAAAGUGAACCACCACAUCACUGCUGAUCGCCACACAAGACAAUGAAUAUAAAGGGAAUCUUUGCUGAUACUGAACCAGCUGUGUGGCAUCGCAGUGUGUGCAGAUGAACAGUGUUUGUCUUCACCCUCUGCCAGCACCCGGAUGGGCAGGGAUCUCCGAGGGAAGUCAAACAGCGUUCAUCUGCACACACUGUGAUGACACACAGCUGGUUGAAAAUCAGCAACGUCUCCCUGCUUCCCUUCAAUGGUUCCUGUACAGCAGGGUCGGUCUUUGUUUCACUGUUAUAAUCAUUAAAAAGCAAAAGCAGCAUGUGUAUACAUUCAGUAGGCUAUAUCUUCAGUAGCUAGCUAGCUAACCCUACACUUUUCAGGGUUUGAUUGUGGUUUUGGAACAGGGAAGAAACGUAUAUCUUUUUCCAACCUCUCCAGGUAACGAGUAUCAUUAAUACACCACGUGUCCCAGGCACAACAUUUAGCUUUAGGAAAUCUGAUCCAAUACGCUUGGAUCAAAUUUUGGGAAUAUUUCAUCACAGUAUGCUAGCUGUUCAUUUUGUAUGUGUGGUGAAAAAAAAAAAUCCAUUGUGCAUACACAGACCUGGCUCUGUAAAUUGAAAACUAUUCCAGCCAAUCACCAAAGGCCAUGGAUGUAAAAAGAGAAAGGCAGUGGGAGCAAAGAUAGAGGCUGUGGGAAGUACUGACGGGAGAAAUGUAUUUGUUUGGGUGUUGAGUUCAAAUAUCCACAAUCUCUCUCCAAAAUUGCUGACGCCACCUGAGUAAAUUUGGCCACACAUUACAUUCCUGACUGAAACUAUUCUAGUAUUUUAUGUGUACAUUUAAUACUGAUUACAUUGUCAGUUUCAGCAUCUUAAAAUGGCAGAAUUUUCAUUGUUUGUUCAUGUUUGUAGAUAUGCAGGUUACCAUCUCUUCUAAAGACAGUGGCUGCUAUAUCAUUCGAUUCUGUUUUAGAGAAUUAUCUGCAACUAGGAGGACAAAAUGGACAGGUUUGGAGGUAGGGUUAUCACCAUAUCAGAAUUUUAAACUUUGAUACAAUUCUAGCAUAAAACAAUGAUACUUAAUACCUCUUUUGGUACCAUGGCUAAAGAAACAAGCCCUUGGCACCCCAAAUUAUGAUGACAAAAUGCAGAAACAGCCACAGGUUGAGGACCAGUUGAUUUUUCUUUCCCGUGGUUUCAUCUGUGCAGCCUUUUACAUAGCUUUGGUACUUUCGAUACCAUCAAUUGUAUAAUUAAAGGAAGUCGUAUUGUUAUAGAUCGAAAAAAAUUAUAGUGAAAAAUUAUCCAAGUGUAUUUUUGACAACUUCAUUAGGAGGCGGAUCAGUAACCAGUUCAGUGGUAAUGUACUCUCAGAUGCAUCCAAAUACAGUUUUGUAAAUAUGCUCUCAAAUCAUAAUUUGGUUUAGUAUCUACUGAACAUUGUUCCAGGCAGACGAGGCGCAGCAACAAAAGAUCAGAGGUUAGGGUGAAAACUCAGUGUCUUUGCCAUACAGUGCUCAGGAAUCCAUAUUUAGUAAUUAAUUAUUUUUCUAAAAUAUAGGCAACACUACAAACAGUAGUCAACCAAAAGUGAUCAGACAUUUAAUUUAACGAAGAUUUACUGUUUGGGUGUUUGUCCCUCUAAACAUCACCAGCUGAUUUUAUAUAUCUGUGUUUGACGUAUUAUGAUUAAGUAAUAAACAAAUCAUUUGAUAAUAUCUGAGGAGUAAAUCGUCGCUCUUUUCGUCAUCAGAGGGUUUUUAUUUAAUAUGCCUCUAAUAUGAAUGCUUGCUUUAUCUUAUCCAGUAGAGUACUACAGACUAUAAAAUCACUCAGUGCAGACCAGCUCACUGUGAGAGAUGUAUCCCAAUACAAAUCAGUAUGUACUUUGUGCCCACUGUGAGCAAAGAUAAUAGAAAUUCAAAUUAAAAUAAUCUUAUCCAGUAACAUAACUAACUUUGACAUGUCACUGGCAUGUUUCAACAAGUUUACGCAUGUUGUUGUAAGACUAGAAUUUUCUUUCAGCAGCCACUGGCCAGUUUCCACUGGAGCUCCACAGGGUAAACUGUUUUCCUUAAGGGUAGCAUGACAGUGUGUUUAAAGAAUGGACUUCCCCCACCCAAGCUUUCCUCAACUGUUUGCAAUCAUUAAUUCACUUUAACAAGAAUGUCCUCGCCUGCUGUGUGAGCCACAACACAGCCACAGACUGUUGUUUUGAAGCACACUUUGUUACAUGAAGAGGAUCAACUAACAUUAUCGAGUGUACACAAAUACCUUUCAAGAGUAUUUUAUGAUUUGUAUGUAUACAACAAUACAGUACUCUUACAGAUGACACUA